AUGCGGACUCCAUCGCGAGUGGCGAUAAUUGCGUUUGCACUAAUUAUAACCAUAUUUUCGGUGAAAUCACACCUCGAUUCCAUCUUGUGGGAUGAUCGAACUAGUUCUGGCCUCUAUGUCCUAGGCGAUACAUAUAUCGAGCUGGUCUCCGCACAUACUACACCCACUUCAAAUACCAAACCCCGGAAAUUCUUCCCCACGACCCGACCAACUUCUCCAGUGAAAUCCAAUAAUCGUGAACCCAAGCGCGUUCCCGUUGAUGUCCCUGGUGCUGAAUGGGCGGGGGAGUUAUUAUUCGGAUCGCCUGAAUUCUACGAAUCAGAAAGCUUACUCGACGAUCCCAAAAUACUUGCUCCGGUAGAGUAUAAUGAUGUCACGGCACCUUCAUCUACUGCUCCUCCUCGUCCAAAGGUCACUCCGAAAUCGGAUCGGGUAAUUGUUAUGGGGAAGAUGUCGUACGAGGAUACCAAUUGGCUUGAAGAUCAACUACCAGAAUGGCAACACGCAGUAUAUCACGUCGAUGACCCCGAAGCAGAUCUACCAGUCGAACAAAACAAAGGCAAAGAAAGCAGUGCCUACCUGCAAUACAUUUUGGACAACUACGACAGAUUGCCCCAGUAUAUGGUCUUCCUCCACGCUCAUCAAUUUAGCGGCCACGUCGAAGAAGUCUUGGAGAAUGAUGAUGCGUUGACCGUUGGAAGAGACAAUGCCUUGACUGUUCGAAGACUGCAACUCGACUACCUCCGACAAGUUGGAUAUCUCAACCUGCGUUGCCAAUGGAGUCCUGGAUGUCCGGAUGAAGUCCAGCCAUUCCGGCAAAUGGCUGGUCGCACGACCGAGCUUGCCUUUGCGGGUGCUUGGAUCCGUAUCUUUAACAACACAAAUGUGCCUGAGAUUGUUGCUACACCUUGCUGUGCUCAGUUUGCUGUGACCAAGGAGCAGGUCCUCCAACGUCCGCGGAGCGAUUAUGAGUCGUAUCAUCAUUGGCUUAUGACAACCGAGUUAGAUGAUGAUACGAGUGGUCGUGUCUUUGAAUAUCUAUGGCACAUUAUUUUUGGGCAGGAUCCCGUAUUUUGUCCUGAAAUAACGCAGUGUUUCAAGGAUGUGUAUGCCAUGGAUUAUAAGGAGCCAGCUGCGGAUUUCUUCGAUGAUUACUUCUGGCCCGAUGGGUUUGAUGAAACGGUGGAUGAAAUACCUGUGGUUGAAUCACCCGUACAUAAAACGCCUGUACAUGCGACACCUACACAUAUGUAG